AUGUUUGUUUUGAUUUUUAUCUUCAUCACAACCUUAUAUGCUUAAAUAUUUGUUGGAUAAAGUCUCUGUUCAACAUUAACAUCUACAAAUUGUGGAACUGAUGCACUUAAUGGUUAAGGAUGGUGUUAUUGGGAUAGGUAGAACGUGAGAAUAAUAAAUUAGUACUAUUGCUACUCCUGCCUGCUUAACUUUACCAUGUUAUCUUAUUGAUGAAGUAGCUGCUUGUAGAACAGGAGGAUCAUUAAUAACUGGUGGUGCAAAUACAGAUUGUGAUUCCUUAGAGACAUUUAGUUUAUAAUAUGAUAAUGUUUGUUGUGAUAAGAAUCUUGGAAAAUUGAAUUAUGCAUUUGUAAGAUUCACUAUGAAUUUUGAUGGAUAUGUUGAUUCAACUAAUGAUAUCACUCCUAUUCCUAUGGCAUCUUUAGAUAUUUCUUUAAGUGUCAAAGACAUGUUCAGAUUAUAUACCAUCAACCCUUGGCUGGCAGCAUAGGAAACAGUAGAGUCUGUUUUUCAAGACAAAUUAAUUGCUAUCUUAGAUAAAUACUUAGAGCCAAAUACACGAGAUGUUCUAAUUUCAGAACCAAAAUCUUAUCCCUUCUAUAUUGAACGAACAGUCUACUAAGCCUUAUAAUUACUUAGAGAUUGGACUGUUAUGCAUAAGUCUACUAUAGCCCUUAGAAAUGCUAUAUUACCUAAGAUUUGGAGUGUUGCUCUUGUUGCUUUAACUAGAAUGACAAAAUUUCAACCUAAUUAUUAUCAAUCCAACCAUUAUAUUAUCAACUUUGCCAUUAUUCCUUAUUUCAAGAACUCUCUCAAAAUACUAGGCUAAGCUCAUACUUUAACUAUUGAUUGGAAUGCUUUCGCUUACAAUAGUAAUGGUUUUGUGAUGGUUUAUUCUUAUCCUCCUGAACAAUUUGGAAUUAUUAAAGCUUAUACUGAUGUUAUUUGUAUUCGUCCAUUCUAAGGAGGCAGUGUAUUAUAUGUAGAUACUUAAGAUAAUUAUGAUGAUACUUUUUCUUAAAUUAAAUUUAUUUAUUAUUGGGCAGAUUCAAUUAUUAUAGACUAAACAAAGCUCAAAUUAUUUUAAAUUAGUGAUGAUACUUAAACCAUCACAGAUACAGGAUCAUCAUUUACUUGUAAUUAAUCUUCAAGAACAUGCACAACUAAUACUAAUUAUUCACCUAAUCCUGCACCUACAGAUGGUAAGGGAUAAAAUUAUUUUAUUGCUCAUGUAGAUUAUAAUUUAUUAUAAUCUGAUAAAAAAAGAGCAUAGUGUAUAUUAGCUUAUAAAACUUGGACAACAUCUUGUGCUUGA